AUGAACCCAACAGAGGAAACUCAAGUUAUACCAAUACAAAAACUAUCGGAUUUAUCACAUGAAAUUUUCGAUAUAGUUUCAAUGGAUAACUUACAGACAAAUAACACUAGUGUAAAUACGGGAAACCGUAUCCAACUCCUGAAGAACUCACUGAAAUGUGACCAUAUGAACACAGAAGAAAAAGAAGUGAUUCUAGAUUUAUGUAGUAAAUUUUCAAAUAAUAUUAGAAAAAUUCGACAUUAUAUUACUUCCGACAGGGAUAACUUUAACGAUGAUAAUAUGGAAAAAAUAAUUAAAAACCAAAUUUUAAAUUUACAAACAAUUUACAAACAAUACUCUUUGGAAUUAACGAGAAUAAAUCAAAUCUUACAUUUUGCUAUACAGGGAAAACUACAUCCAUUAGUAAUAUCCUCAGCACAAUUAUUAGAAGAAAUUAAAACAAUUAAAUUAAACCUUCCAUCUAAUUUAGACAUCCCGGUAAAACUAGACCUAUCGGAUAUGUCAGAGAUUUUUAAAAUUAUGCAAACAACUAUUGUUAGAAAUAAUGAUAUAAUUAUGUUUAUUAAUACUGUACCAAUUGUUUCUAGUACUUUAUACAAUUUAUAUAAUAUUAUACCGAAUCCAAUGUUAAUAGAAAACAAUAUUUAUAUGUUCAUUAAACCUAGAAUUAAGUAUUUAGCUUUAACUAUCGAUCAAGAGUAUUAUGUAAAUUUAGAUCAAAACGAAUUUAGUAUGUGCUACGACACAAAACAUUUUAAAGUAUGUAAAAAUCUUGUAACUCAGAGGGUGACAACAUCAGAUGAUUGCGAACUCAAUUUAAUUAUUAACACAAAAUCAGCAAAUAUUGAAAAUGUUUGUAAGUUUAAAUACACGUCAAUCAAACACGGUAUUUUCCAUAAGUUAAUGUCGGCAAAUUCAUGGUUAUACACAGUAAAUCAACAAAAUUUAAUUAUUACCUGUUUAAAUUACAAUCAAAUUAUUAAACAAAUUUAUGGUACAGGAAUUAUAUCUCUUAGUGAACAAUGUUCCGCCUCAUCUGCAGGUUAUCAUAUGAUACCAUUCAGAACUAUGUAUUCUGAUAUAGAUUCGGACAUUAUACCAAACAUAAAUAUAUCUCGCUACACCCAUAAAACCCCUUAUGUAAAAAAUGUACUACCUUCGGAGUCUAUUUUUGAAAAUUAUGAAGAAAAUGAAGUUGUAACCCAGAACAAUACAAAUAACGAACCAAUAAUAGCAAAUAUUGGUUUGAUUAGUUGUACUUGUAUAAUAUUGUUAAUUAUAAUAUUUAGCUUAAUCAUAAUAAUUAUAGUAUACAAACGCAAAAUAAAAAAUGUAAGCCAACCGAGUUUGACGGAACCAGACAACAUAGAAACAGUAGUUCUAAAGGAAGGAAAAUCAUCACCCAAAAUAAUUUUGUAA